GACACUCUCGGAGACAGGUACGAGGACAAGUGAGCCCUCGCAUCUAAAUAAAUGGCCGACACAUGUGCCAAUCCACUCCUCCUGGGCUGGAUCAAGGAAUGGCUUGACCAGGCACGAGAGCGGAACUCAAAAGGCUUCACAGUCUACAAGAAAGCCUACGAGUCGAUGAAAGCUUGUCCUUUAGAAUUCAGUCAUCCUUCAGAAGCUAUUCAACUAAACGGCCUAGGGCCCAAACUCUGCGACAGACUCACGGAAAAGCUCAAGGAGUACUGCGAGCAACAUGGCUUACCCAUGCCGGAACUACCAAAUAAUAAGAAAAGUCAGAAACGACAAUCCGGAGAUGACCUUCCGCUUCAAGACCAGCCCGCCAAAAAAGUCAAGAAAGCCAAACCAUACGUCCCUGCUUUGCGUUCUGGAGCCUACGCUUUGAUACUGGGUCUGUCAACAAUGGACGAAAACUCGUUGCAAGGAAUAUCCAAAGCGCAACUAAUUGAAAUCGCUCAACCGCAUUCUGAUUCGUCGUUUACGGCUCCUAGUGAUCCUACCAAGUUCUAUACAGCAUGGAACUCGAUGAAGACGCUUAUACAAAAGGAGCUUGUCUACGAACAUGGACGACCUCUGAAAAAAUACGCCCUCACAGAAGAAGGAUGGGAAUGUGCAAGGCGGAUCAGAAACACAAGUGCGGUGGGCCUACCUCUAGGAAAUCAACCGACACUGUCUUGCGGACCGAGUAUUCCUAAACCAAAUGGUACGCUCCAGAAUAACGACAGGGCUUUCACUUCGCUUGACGACGAUCUCGAAAUCCAGGUCUUGGAUGAUAUUGACCCAGACCCCGCUGCACGAAGAAAAGAUCAACCUCGGCUUCAAACGUCAACCCAUACAAAACCGAUCAUCUUACCGCCGAACAGUUUCACAAUUGAGCUCAUACUAGACUCCCGCGAGGUUCGUGCUAGAAAUGAUCGAGAUUACAUAUCAAAAGAGCUGGAAGCAAAAGGCAUCACAACCCAAGUGCGAGCGCUUGAACUUGGCGAUGCAAUGUGGGUUGCUAAAUGUACAAAGCCAGACUAUCUAACUCGACACGGCGAAGAAGGCGACGAGGUGAUGUUGGAUUGGAUUGUAGAGCGCAAAAGACUCGAUGAUCUGAUCGGCUCUAUAAAAGAUGGACGGUUCCACGAACAGAAGUUUCGACUUCGUCGCAGCGGUAUUUCAAAUGUGGUCUACCUUAUUGAAGAAUUUGCCGUCUCACACUCGUCUGCCAAUGCAAGUGGGAAUGUUCCGAACUACCAGGACGCUGUGGCCUCGGCCAUUGCAUCAACACAGGUUGUCAACGGUUAUUUUGUCAAGAAGACGAAGAACCUGGACGACACUAUACGAUACCUAGCGCGAAUGACAUUUCUUCUUCGCAAAAUGUACGGCACUGACGCUCUUCCAGCGUCCUCAUUGGGAUCGAGUCAACCAAGCCGUAGCAGCGUCAAACCGAAAUCAGUAGCCCUAAUUCCUAGCUCCAACCUCUCAUCUUCCGAAUCAUACCUUACGACCCUUCGCGAACUUCGGUCAGGCAGGUCCUCCGAAACCACAACCUACGGCGUAUCAUUCUCAACCUUUUCAGCACUUACAUCCAAGUCCGACACUCUAACCUUACGAGAUGUAUUCCUCAAAAUGCUCAUGUGUACGAGAGGCAUUACUGGAGAUAAAGCAUUAGAAAUACAACGACACUGGCGUACACCACGAGCGUUUAUGGAAGCUUUUGAAAUAGUCUCUUCGUCUGCGACAAAUCCUCAGGAAGCCGCGAAAGCGAAAGAAAAAAUGCUCACAGAUAAGAUGGGGAAUCUAAUUGCGAGGAAGAGGAUCACUAGUACUCUGAGUAGAAAGGUGGCUGAAAUUUGGGGCGAGAAGGAAUAACUUCUUUUGGUCUUGCAAUUUUACUGCGAGCGA